AUGGACGGAGACAAUCUCGCUCUGCCAACGAGUCCAAUAAGGGACAAGUCACCCCUCCGAGCCGCAACAUUCCCGGGCUCGGCCACUUCGGACGUCGCGUCGGGCUCGAGCCAGAGUCAAGAUGCGCGCAAUGCCAAACGGCCGCCGGCGAGUCCGCUGCGAGAGACGAAUGCCUUACACGAGGCAAAGACCGAAUCAAGUGCUAUAGAUCCGCUAUCGCAGCAUAUCAUCCAACGUACAAAUACGCAGAAAUCCAUUCCGUUGAAAUUGCUGGGGAAAGCGUCAUAUGAAGCUGAAGCUGUGGGAUCGGAGUACAGCCAGCCUGAGCAAAGUCCAGCGCCGGGGGAUUCAUCACCAACCAAGCCCCCCAAGGAGAAGAAAAAAGGCGUCUCCUUCCUCAGCCGAAUCAUCGGAAACAAAAAGAAGGACCAGCUUUCCGAGCCGGAAGAUGAAACCUCAGAACCGGAGGCUAGCCGCAUGUCCGUCGACACCUCCCACCCAAUUGGAUUUAUAGCUCGGCACCCUGGACCUGCCAAGUACCUGAAGGUGCGCGCACAUUAUAAGAAAGACAAGACAUUCAACCGUGUUUUCUUGGCCCAGGAACUCGAGGGCGGCGGCCCACCGCCCAAAGUCGCAGACAGACGGAUAUCUACGUCGUCCACUUUGCCGCAGAAUGGCGAUCAUACCGGACGGGCUGUUUGGGCGCUUGUGUUCUCCAAAGAUGGCAAGUAUUUGGCUGCUGCGGGUCAGGACCGCAAGGUUCGAGUGUGGGCUGUCAUCUCUACGCCGGAGGAGCGUGAGAAUGCGAAUGGAGAGGAAGAGCAAACCCCUGUAGAUGCACACGAUACUGCUAAGCUGAAGGCGCCUGUGUUUCAGCCAACCCCAAUUCAGGUGUAUGAGGGCCACAAGGGGAGUAUUUUGGAUCUCAGCUGGAGUAAAAACAACUUCCUUCUGUCCUCAUCGAUGGACAAGACAGUGCGACUGUGGCACAUAUCUCGACCGGAAUGUCUCUGCUGUUUCCAACACAGCGAUUUUGUAACCUCGAUACAGUUUCACCCGCGUGACGACCGGUUCUUCCUUGCUGGAUCACUCGACACCAAACUGCGUCUAUGGAGUAUUCCUGACAAAAGCGUUGCCUUUGUGACUGCCGUACCGGAUAUGAUCACUGCAGUAGCGUUCACGCCUGAUGGAAAAUAUUCCAUUGCUGGCUGUCUAAACGGUAUGCUCAACAUCUACGACACGGAGGGCCUGAAAGUAUCAUCCCAGAUCCACGUUCGAUCAGCUCGUGGGCGAAACGCCAAGGGCAGUAAAAUUACCGGCAUCGAUACGAUGAUUUUCCACAAAGGCGACAACCGGGGUGAAAUCAAACUCCUGGUUACUAGCAACGACUCGCGCAUUCGAAUGUACGAUUUCAAUGCUCGAACCUUGGAGGCCAAGUUCCGCGGCAACGAGAACACCUGCAGUCAGAUCCGAGCCACUUUCACAGACGACGGCAAGCACAUCAUCUGUGGAAGUGAAGAUCGCCGAGCAUACGUAUGGCCAAUUGGGCUAGUGGAAGGAGAUUCCGAAAAGCGAGCUGUAGAGGUCUUCGAGACGCACUCCGCAAUGGUGACGGCCGCCAUCUCCGCGCCAGUCCAAACAAAACAAGCCCUAGCACUAUCCGAAGACCCAAUCUACGACAUCUGCAACCCACCGCCAGUCGCCCUAAUGGGCCCUGAAUCAGCAGAAACAUCAAAGCAAAACGGAACAAGCCACAAGCGCUCAGCCUCCGCACCACGACUAUCAAUAAUCAGCAAAAUGGCCCACGAAUCCCCCUCCUACCUCGCCCGCUCUAAACACCCAGGUGGAGACAUAAUAGUCAUAGCAGACUACUCCGGCAAGAUCAAAAUCCUGCGACAAGACUGCGCCUACCACAAACGCCGCUUCGAAAACUGGGACGCAAACUCAACCAUCUCCCGCCGCAUCCUCCGCCGUUCAAACUCUGGCCGCCGCAGCGUAACCUCCUCAAUCGGCAAAGAAUCAUCCCACAAAACACCCUCCGAGCGCAUUAUCUCCUGGCGCAACUCUGUCAUCCGCCAAGGCCGCUCCAGCACUGACGGUUCCCGCUCCGGUCUACGCACCCGAAGCCCAUCCCCACAGCACCGCAACGCGACAUUCCGCCUCUCAUCCUCCAGACCAUCAAGCCUAGGCCCAAACGAAUCCCUCAGCGCCUUCACGCACUCCCCACCCCCCUCACCGCGCCGAUCACGCCUAGACAUCCGACGCACAAGCGAAGACGCAACGCGGACGAACCACACCCGCGGCCAAAGCAAUGGCACUGGCAAAGGCACCUGCAAUGACCAUGCCAAUGGAAACGGCUCCUCCACCACAGUCCCACCCCCAAACAGAGUCGCCUCGUCAUCCGCCGACCUCGUCGCCAGCGGAAAAAACAAAGACAACCCGCUCUGGCUACAGGGUGACCACAGCUACGCAUACUGGAACAAGAUCACGCAUGAUGCAUUGGCAAUGCGCUCGCGCAAUUCAAAUGAGCUGCUUAGUCCCGAUAGUAUUCGUGAGCGCAAGAUGAGUACUGCGGGGAGUAUUCUGAGUAGUGAUUAUGCUUCUUCGGCUGGUGGUGAGGAGGACGAUGUGCUUAAGUGUGAUAAUUGUCGUUGUACGAGUUUUCGGAGUGUCAAGGGGAGGGAUGGGAAGCAGAAUCUUAUUUGUUCGCAGUGCCAUCGGCCUAUUUCUUAG